AAAACUACAGGCGAAUAUCUUACCUGAAUCUGAUUUUACCUCGGUUCAGGAGUGGGUAGCAGAUAUUGUCAAUGGCUGCAUAAAAAACGAACUAUCCACACUCAAUAAUCUUUCUUAAAAGCUAAGGAGUCGCAGAAUGUUGUUAGCCAGCUAACGACAUUGUUGAAUUGCUUGUCAAUUUUGUUGGGUCCGCGAGGAAUCUGUCACGCUAGCUAGCGCUUCAACUGCAAGUGCAAACGUUAGCUUCUAGUAGUGUGAGCCAAACCCUACUUAGUUAAAUGUAUCUCAGGUCAGGACCCAGUGGUCAGCAGUAUCCUCGCUAGCCGUGAGUGAUGAGCCAGGGGCCUGAACGUCGUGGGAUCCAUGUGGACCAGUCAGAGCUGCUGUGUACGAAGGGAUGUGGUUUCUAUGGCAAUGUGGCCUGGCAGGGCCUCUGCUCCAAGUGCUGGCGGGAGGAGUACCAACAAACCAGACACAAACAGAUCCAGGAGGACCAUGCUCUGGCAGAGAGGUUACAGAUGGAGGAGACGGCAGCAUACGCUAACAACCACCAGGGGGCAGCCCAGCCUGCUGCCAUCGCACCCUUAAGCAAAUUUGAAGAGAGGAAAACCAAGGAGAAGUCACGGAAAGUCAACACAGUGACUAAGUUUUUCACUCCCUCAGCAAAGACACCACCCAAGAAAGACUCUGUCCCUGGCGAGGCCCAGUCGACCCCCAGCCCCUCAGUGAGCCGCAAGCCCUUAGAGACGGACUGCACCACACGAGAGUUUAUCGACUUCCUCAAGACACUGAAACCUGGUAGGGAGAUCUUCAAACAGUGCCGGGCCUUCACAGAGAGCAUGGCCUGCAAGAGGGACCUGGGUGCUGAUGAGCUGUCUGAGUGUGUUCAGGACUUCUACCAGAACCUGUCAGACCGCCUGCAAACACACUUCAAAGGGUCGUCGGAGCGUGUGGAGAGUGUGAUGGACGAGGUAGAGAGAUACAUGAUGACACGUCUCUACGAUGAGGUCUUUUGUCCUGAGACCACAGACGAUGAGAAGAAAGACCUGGCUGUUCAGAAAAGAAUCAGGGCCUUGCAUUGGGUCACCAUUGAGAUGCUGUGUGUCCCUGUGGAUGAGGAGAUUCCUGAGGUUUCUGAUAAUGUGGUCAAAGCCAUCACAGACGUGAUAGAGAUGGACUCGAAGCGUGUGCCCAGGGACAAGCUGAUCUGCAUCACACGCUGCAGUAAGCACAUCUUCAAUGCCAUCAAGACCACCAAGAAGGAGGCAGCAUCUGCUGAUGACUUCCUGCCCACCCUCAUCUACAUCGUCCUGAAGGCCAACCCUCCGCGACUGCAGUCCAACAUCCAGUACAUCACCCGCUUCUGUAACCCUAGCCGCCUCAUGAGCGGAGAGGACGGAUACUACUUUACCAACCUGUGCUGUGCGGUAGCCUUCAUAGAGAAGCUGGAUGGCCGGUCUCUGAACCUGAGCGCUGAGGAGUUUGAGCUCCACAUGUCAGGCCAGGCGUCCCCCCAGCGGCCCCAGGCUGCCCCCUCCCCCCCAGGCAGUGCUGCUUUCAGCGAGAUGAAUGAGCGUCUGGACCUGCAGACGGGGCUGGGCGUGAGGCAGGAACACGUCAUGGAGGGAGCUCGCUGCCUGGAGAGUGACCUCAUCGACUGGAGGGACGGGGUGGAGCACAAAGUGCAGGAUGUGUUGGAGAGGUUCCCCCUGGAAAUGCACCCCCCCGCCUCUUCUGCCAUAGACGCUGACAACGUGGAGAACGACCUGCCUCCUCCUCUCCAGCCCCAGUUGUUUGCCGGCUGACCCCCAACACCCCACUACCCUGACCCUCUGGACUUGUUACUCUCUCUCUCUCCACCCUGGAAAGUGGCUCCUGUUCUUAUGCACAUAUAGGUUCCCUGUAAUGGAUCCAAGAAGUGUAACUCCAACCCUCCCCAUUGUAUGCACACUUAAAAUAGAUGCUUGCAGUCGCCUGUACCCAAGUAAAUAGACCACUUUCUUGGUCGGUCUUCAACACUGAUUAGUAAGAGUACCAGAUAGGUUGCAGGCAUAUUGCCUUCAUCGAUGGUCAUGAAGGAAAGGAAGCUUUUAAGACUGUUGGGACACAGACCAUUGAUCUUGUCCUCUGUAUUACUCCUGACUGAAUCCAAGUCUGAGUACAGAAGCCCUGGUGAGAGGCAUCUGUUAGGAUCAUGUGUAUGUAACCACAACCAAAUUUCCCCUGAAGAUGUCUAUAAAUAAGUGUGUGUGUAUGUAUAUGUGUGUAUGUGUGUGUGUGUGUGUAUAUAUGUAUGUAAAUGCCAAACCUGUUCAGUCAUGCGCUCAGUUUAGAGAAGUGAUUUUUAUUUUUUUAUUGUGUGGAUAUUCAUUAUUGGAUGCAAUAAAGACAAAAUUCUUGUAAAGUUUACAUUAGCGGUCAUUCUAAAUCCUAUACAAUAGUCUUGUAUAGAGAACAGUUACAUGAGUAAUUGUAUUAUUUGUUUCAACAUUUUCUAGGUUUGUUUGAGGCAUUCAGGCUACAGUCUUCUGAGAGGGGAUAAGGAUGUUUAGCCUAUUAAAAUGGCUAGAUUGAUACCAUAGUUGAAAUUGUACAUUUUUCCUAUAAGAAAUAAAUGAUUUGCAGUUCAGAGUUUAGAAGAUACUAAAAGUCCCUACACUCUUGUUUGACUGCUGAACAGCUGCUUCGUCAGUAGAAAGUCUUCAGUUUCUCAGUAGCCAUAUUUAGUAUGGUUUUAUCUAAGUAAAGUACUUUUAGUAAGCGCUUUAAUUUAGUGGUGAAUUUUAUUUGUACAAAUGUUUUGUGGGUAAAUGUUGCCAAACAGAAUAGCCAUAACAAUGUUGAUCUCAGCUCCAUGUUGUAACCAUUCAUUCAGGGUUAGAUGGAUAUAUGAAGGAACAGUAGACAUUGCGUUCGAUGAGUAGUGUCUUCGAUGCAACAGAAAGUACAUUUACAUACUACCUAUACAUAUUUGAUUUUUUUUUUUUUAAUCAUGUUUAAUUUUAUCACAUUUCUAUCUAUCAGAUACAAAUGCUCGCCAAACCCUGGUUACUAAAAUCCCAUUCAAUCCAAUUUAAACACUAACUGAAAUAACUAGGCAUUGGAUAGCACACAAUCAAUGAUCAGCUAUUUUUGAAAAAGCAAUGUAAAAAAAUAUAUCUGUACAACCAUAUUUUUGUUUUUGUAUCGAGUAGCUCAACAUUGUCUUGUAUUUAAAUGUAACUUAUUGAGACAGUGUUGUUUUAGUGUCCAUGGGUUUGUUGUGUUGAUGAAUAAAAUAACUCAAAAGCC